UGUGUUCCAGAAUCAACUAGCAGCUCUCCAGCAAACAAUCCUUCAAGAUGAAGUCCUUCUGCGUUGCCGCCCUCUUCGUGAUCAGCUCGGUGCUGGCCGUUCCGGUGUACGAGUCAGCUGCCCCGGCCUACGGUGGCCACGGCGGAGGACACGGUGGAGCUGCCCACGGACCGGUGUCGGUGCACACGUACGCUGCCAAGGCCCCGGCUGUCAAGUGCGGAGCUAACCUGCUGGUCGGCUGCGCUCCCCACGUUGCCCACGUGCCCUGCGUCCCCAGCCACGGCGGAUACGGAGGUCAUGCUGCGGGAGGUUACGGUGGACACGCCGCCGGAGGAUACGGCGGACACGGUGCCAGCCACGGCGGAUACGCCGCUCCGGCUGCCCAUGGCGGUUACGCCGCCCCAGCUGCCCACGGAGGAUACGCCGCUCCGGCUCCGGCUUACGGCGGUGGCCACGGAGGAUACCGUGCCUCGGACAGCGACGACGAGUAAAGCUCGAACCGCCCCUGGGAAUCGGAACGCAACGGAUGAGAGGCUAAAGACUACGACAGCUAUGAGAGAGCGAGAGCGCAAGUGAGGAAGAGAGGAUGAGAGCGAAAGAGUGUGAGCAGAGCGGCGCGGAAGCAGUGACACCAGUUCGCUUGGAUGAACGGAUGAACUUUGGAAUGAACUACGAUUUUCUCUUUGUAUCUGUUAGAAUUGGUUAAGACUUGGUGUGAUAAUAAAUGCAAUGAGGAAAGUUAAA